AUGGAAGAAUUCGACGACGAUGAUUUCAGGGAUCUCUAUGCGGACGUGGAGGUGCAGGCGUUCUCGGCGAUCAACUUUAUGCAUGAAUCGACACAAGUAUCGUCGGGAAAUGAAGGAUUAUCGGACAAUGUCGCGGAGAAGGAACAAAUGGAUUGUGAAACUUGUGUUGCAGAGAACAUUAGAAAUAACGACAAUGUCACUGGAACUGAAAAUAGGGAGAAUAUUGGGGAAAGGGAGUGGGAUAGUAGGGGUGAAAUUGAGGACGAUUUAAAUAUAGUGUUGAAUGAUGAUGGGGGUGAGGAAAAUUAUGAUAGAAUUAAUAACUAUUAUAAUGAGUUUGGGGUUUGGAGUGUGAGGAAAAAUGAAAGAGAGCAGCAAAUUGAUGAGGAGAAGAAUGGAAAUAGGAAGGAUUUAAGCGGGCAGGGCCAACGACAUGGAAGUCCAGAGACAGGGAAAGAUCCGAAUUCUCAUCAACAGAGAAAGGACAAAUACCAAGAUCAAGUAAUGAUGGCAAAGAGGACAGCAGUCCACAAGCUUCCAAUGCAUAUGAAGGAUUUUGAAGGUGGAUCUGAACACGAGGAAAUAGCCCAAGCUUCUCUUACAAAGAAUGCUCAAUCCAGACCAAAACAAAGAGUUUCUCCUGCCCCCAAGAUUUAUAACAGAGAUCAACUGUUAGAACUUGCAAAUGGCAGAUCUGUUCGAGCAGAAGACAAUAUGGGCAGACAUCUACAGGACUUGAAAGAAGAUUACUUGAAUUCUUCCACGAAGACAAUUGACCGAACAGUUAGUCAAAUGCAUGAAACAUGUGAAAAUGGAGGUAUUGUUAUGGAGGAUGACACAGGUCUUCUUCGUUUUAGUAGAGCUAUUGGAGAUGAGCACCCCAAUUUGGAAGAAAAUGACGCAGGAAGGGGCAAAACUACCUAUAAGAGGUACUCCAGGUGUAUUCCUGCAUGUGAUCCUGCCUCUUUGGAUUUAGAUAAGUAUGGAAGUGUUCAGAUCUCUGAUUCAGAGGAGGAUAACCAUUAUGACACAUCUGUCUGUGAGUCAGAUGGAAUCUCUCAUGCGAUGGAAACUUCUGAUAGCACAAACAAAAGCUACGCUAGGAAUGUGUCAGAUACAACACCAUCAACAGCUGACUCAGAAUCUUCUGACAGUGGACAAAGUCAGUGCGUCCCCAGUUUAUCUCCUAGUCAUUGUGCAGGGCUCAGCGACAACGAGCUUGAAAAGAGUUGCAAGCAUUCAAAAAAGCCUUUACCAAAUCCAGUGUCCAAGUUAAAGAAGUCAGCCACUUGUGACUAUCAUCCGACUGAGGACCCUAAAACCCGUAACAUCAUAGCAAAUCCCAGACACAAUAGAUAUUUUAGAAGUAAAGUGCCCAUCAGGAAGGACCUUAUGACGCAUAGGAGAUCUGAUGAUCCCUCUAAAUUGAAGACUCAUUUGAAUGCUGAGGAUGGUUUUCAUGUAUCUGAUGCUGAGGGGAUCUAUGACUUGCAUCGUUCAACAGUUAGCUACGACAAGCAGAGUUGUAGACUUGAUAAUUUUGAUUCCAAUGCCAAGAAAGAUAAAUUCUAUUGCAGGAGAUCAGAGAACUUUUCCACUUACUUCGAUGUAGUUUUUCCUGAUUAUCAAUUUGGUCCUGCUUACAUGAAAAAUCUGUAUUGGAACAUUCAUCCAAGUUUUGGGUAUGAAUCAGGUUGGUAUGAUAGUCGAGACAUGAAUGAAAAACAAACUUUGAUCAAGGGAAAACAAUCUAAGGUGGACAGUGAAGCUGUGGACCAGGAUCGGCAUUAUGGAAGGAAACGUUCUGUUCAGGACAUUGAUGCCCACGGUUUUGAUGAAUCUAGUCAUUUUAUCCCAAAUUUUUCAGCGUACAUAGAAAAUGGAGGAUGUACUCAACUUAAUAGGAAAGGGGAUGUCAUGCAGGUAAAUAGAAGAAUAAAAAGAGAUGAGUUCAUUCCUGUCUAUAAUUAUAACAACAAUUUUGUGCAUGGAAAACACAAGAGGUAUAUGCCUAUUGGUGACAGGGACACUGAUCAUCUUGAAUAUAAAUACGAUCGAAAUUUACCUUAUAAUAGACGAAAAAUUAAGAGCCCUGGAAGGAGGGGCAAGUGGAGACGUGACAGCCCCCUUAAUGGUUUUGACAACUCAUGGUGCACUCCUUACAAAGAACCUCAGGCUCCUAGAGGGGGAAGGUAUCAGGGUGCUGCUGGACCAAAAUCUGGUGUGCCUGAAACACAUGGUAGGCAUAUGAGAUGCUCACAAACCGAGAGAUUCAUAGAAAGUGGUAGGUCUGGUAGUUACAACAACACGUUUGAAACUGCUGGAGACAUCCUGGAUCUUCAAGGUCAGGAUCAUUUUGUUAGAAGAAGACGCUACCAGCAAUCUAUUCAUGCCUUUGACACUAAUGAAAGUAUAAAAAAUAAUCAUCAUGAUGAGGAUCAUUUUUUUAGAAGACGACACCACCAGCAAUCUGAAGUACUGGAUUGGAAUGAAGAGGAAUACACUUCCAGGCAGCAGGAUGACGCGAUGUUCCAUUCCAAGGGGCCAAAAUAUCCUUUUGAGAGAAUUUCAAAGCAUAAAAAUUUUGAUGCUACACAGGGAUCUGAUUGUCUAGUAAAAAUUAUAGAUAAAAGACAGGUCGAUACGAGAAGAUAUGAACUGAAAAGUCAAUUUGACCAAAGGUCUAAUUUUAUCCAUCCAGAAAAUUGUUGGCAGACACAUCCCAGAUGCCGGGAUUCAGUUGACUCUCACCUUUUUGUGGGGAGAAAGUUAUCAAGAAGAAGCUCUGGAGCUGGACACACAAUGUACUAUGAUAGGCACGAUUACAUGGACUGGUAUAGUGAUCCUGAGCAGGAAACUCCCACUGGCUUGAAUGUUUCCGGUUCAGAGAAGCCAGCCUUAGCCAAGACGGAAAAAACAGACACUAACCUGGGUGACAAAAGUUGGAAAAAGUUCCCAGUUGCUCAGCAGAAAAAAAAUCUGGAUAUUGAGGAAGGUCAGAUAAUUAGUGAUGAAAUUAAUGAGAUAUCUGUGGAAAGGGAAAUCACAUCAGAACUUAUGACACAGGUCGAUUGUACGGAGCACACUGGAACUGCUUCGAAUGGUAAUACUGUUGUUGGAGAAAUCAAUGAUCUAAGAAUUCAAGAGACUAUAGCAAAGAUGGAAAAACGAAGAGAGCGGUUUAAGGAUCCCAUCACCUCUAAAAAGGAUGCGGAGAAGACUUCCCAGCAUUUGGUAGAGUUGGAGUUUGAAACUGCUGCAAAUGGUAAUACAGUUGUUGGGGGAAUCGAUGAUCUGAGAAUUCAAGAGAUUAUAGCAAAGAUGCAUAAACGACAACAGCGGUUUAAUGUUCCCAUCACCUUUAACAAGGAUGCGGAGAAGACUUCCAAGCAUUCGGUAGAGCUGGAUGGUGAAACUGCUGAAACUUGGCUAAAAAAACCGACACGAAAGAGGAAGUGGGUCGGGAAUUAG